AUGAGCGAAUACAUGGAGAAUGACACUGUCUCCCGUCUCUUUGGAGCUCCAACUGGCUACAUUGGCCACGAACGCAGUGGACAAUUGACGAAAUCAAUCCGCCAAAAAUCUAGUUCCGUCGUGUUGUACGACGAAAUAGAAAAGGUCCAUCCCAACGUCUGCAACACCCUUCUCCAAGUUCCGGAUUACGGAUCUUUGACAAAGGGGACUGGACAGAAGGGGAUUCCCGACGAUGAAGCGCAUUUGAAAGUUGCGGAGGAGAUCAAAGCGAGCUUCAGGGCGGAAUUCCUGAACAGGAUUGAUGAGAUUGUAAUUUUCAGGGCUUUAAAGGAGGAGCAGGUGAAGAAGAUCGUAGAUAUUAUAAUUAGUAAUGUGGCAGAGAGGAUUAAGGCUUCCAAUGGGAUUGAAUUGAAAAGGGUUAUUGUGAGGUUUAUUGAAGAUCCAUUGGCGGAUGGAGUUUUAGGUGGGAUUGUUCGAGAAGGCGACUCUAUUACUAUGUUCGCCGACGGUCAUAGUGUUUUGAAGAAGUAA